ACAAUAACAAGACGAUCUCUGCACGAAAUCAGUUUUGGUUCAUCUUGGCAUUGAAUUUGAUCAUUAAUCGAUAGAUUGUUAGUUGGUUGGUAGAAUUGAUUUAGGAGAGUUGAGUUUUGUUGUGAUCAUGGAUUGGGGAAAUGUAACGGUUGAGGAUCUGGUGGAUGCUCUGAGAGAGGUUGAUUGGUCGUCGCCGCCGCGUCCGAUGUCAGAGUUCUUCUCAAGGUUCACCGUUCCUAAAUCUCUCGCUAAAUGGGAUAGCCGCCUCAAGUGCAAUCUCUACUACUACCGAACGAACUACUUCAUCAUGAUCGUCUUUAUACUUGGAUUGGGAUUUCUUACAAGGCCUCUUGCCAUUCUCUCUGCUCUUUUGACUGCACUUACUGUAGCAUUCCUUAAUGACAGCUUUGCAGGUUCCUUUAGUGAGAAGGCCACACGAACCAUCAGAGGAUUCUCCCCACAGCUAGCUGCUAAAAUGAGACCUCCAUUGCAACCUGUCAUUCGUGGACGUCCAUCAGCAAAGAGAGCAAUCUAUAUCUGUGGUCAACCCCGUUGGGUCUUUGUCUUGAUUUUCUCACUUGUGAGCUUUGCCCUUUGGUAUAUUUCCUGUGGUUUGUUCACUGUCUCGUUGGCGUUACUCAUUGGCCUUCUUGCUACAAUUCUGCAUGCAAGCUUGAGAACACCCAACUUGAAGGCACGUCUUAACACCUUCAGGGAGGAAUUUCGACAAGUGUGGCGUAACUACAGUGAGAUCUAGACUAAUGUUGUUCGACCUUGAUCUUGUCUCUGAAACCUAAACUUGGCGAAGACCUUACUUACAUCUCUUCAGGAAAGAACCGGUGAUCUGGAUUUGUUGUUCAAUACUCGGAUUAUUUUCCUUUGAUCUGGUUAUUGCUUUCUGUAGCAGUCGUUUCUCCUUUUGUUUAAACAUUUGUAAAGCCAUCCUGUUCUUGUUUUCCAGAAAACCUUUAUGAUGCAUUACUGUACAAACCCUUUAUGAUGCAUUAUUCUUUUUCGUUUUUUUAGCUCUAGCAGAGUCGACUGUUAUAUCUACACACUUUUUGGCAAAAUUCUUGUGAAAUCUAUACUAUUAUUUAAGAAG